AUGUCAGGCAAGCGUCUUCUCGACGCCUUACAAUUCCUCAACGUCUCCAAGACGAUCGCUGCAAAGCAUUUAGCAAUUCGACAACACCAGCUAGAUGUCUACACGCGAACUUCCUCCCUAACCAAGGGAAUCAAGGCCCAAACAGAAGGGCUGAUCCUGACCGCUCAAGCUGCCGCCGCCCUUGCUCGCCGAUUCGACGACUCGCCUCCGCCGAGCUCGGCAAACUCCACGGCCAACUCCACGGCCGAAAAGGCCGCAAAUUCGCCACCCGAUCAAGCUCGCCAACUGCAACGGCAGGCCGAAUCGCAGAUUCCUGCGGAAGCUGCUGAGUACACCGGAAAGGAGAAGCCCGACGACUUGAAUGUUAGCCAACAGCAGGAUGUCUUUUACAAACCGUCCACACAAUCGGGUCCGGAUCUCUCGAGCUUACCUCGAGUCAAGCUCCCCAAGGUCGCCGGUGAUGCCCAAGCUGGUGUUGAUGGGCUAAAUGCAGAUGUCUUCACUUCACCAGUGUCGGACAAGCCGGCACCGACGGAGGAGAUGUCUGAGGAGAUGCUGCAGGGGCUCUUCCACAGUCCGAGAGUAUCGCGCAUGAUCUCUGGGAAGCCAAAGCCAAAACGGGAUUGGAAGUUCACGCCGAAGCCAGAACAGUCAGGCGUGGAUGUCGCAAAGCCCAUUACGCCGACGCCCGUCAAAUCCGAGGCCGAGCAAAUGGAAGAGCUGGCGGCCAGUGUUGCCGAGGACGUGGUCCCGGGCGCGGAUACGGUCGAGGCCAAGGCGAAACCUUAUCAAAUGCUGGAAUCACGCGUGCCGUCGUCCCGACUCGGCAGACUCUGGCAGUACAGUGGCCUCGCGACCUCAAUGGCAUUUGGUGCCGUUGGCGAGGGGUUGCGCCGCGCCACGGGCAGCCAGGAUAGUGGCUCGCUCAUGUUCAGUGCCGGUAACAUGGAACGCAUGGUCGCCAAGCUAUCCAAGAUGCGUGGUGCGGCCCUGAAGCUAGGUCAGAUGCUCAGUAUUCAAGACUCUAAUAUGCUGCCCGUGCCAAUCCAACAGGUCUUGCAGCGCGUUCAAGACCGCGCAGACUACAUGCCCGCCUGGCAGCGUGACCAGGUCCUGGUUGAAAACCUAGGACCCAACUGGCGUGACCUCUUUACAUCUUUCAAUGAGGUUCCCAUGGCAGCCGCCUCCAUCGGCCAAGUCCACUCCGCAGUUUUGAAAAGCACUGGUCAACCAGUCGCUGUCAAGAUCCAGUACCCCGGCGUGGCAGACUCCAUCGACAGCGAUCUUAACAACCUCUCUAUUCUCCUCACUGCCUCCCGCCUACUCCCCAAGGGCCUCUUCCUAGAUAGGACCAUUGCUAAUGCCCGCACCGAACUCGGUUGGGAAUGCGAUUAUGUCCGCGAAGCCGAAGGCGCCAACCGCUUCCGCGACCUCCUGGCCAAUGAUCCGGUCUUUGUCGUUCCGGAGAUCAUCGCCCACGCCUCCGGUAAACAGGUCCUUACUAUGGAAAUGCUGAACGGCAUCACCGUCACCCGCAUCUCCGACUUUACCCAAGCCCAACGUGACUGGAUCGGCACCCACAUCAUGCGCCUGUGUCUUCGCGAAAUCACCGAAUUCCACUACAUGCAAACCGACCCGAACUGGACCAACUUCCUCUAUAAUGCCGAGACCCACAAGCUGGAGCUACUGGACUUUGGCGCGUCCCGCGCCUACCCCGAAGAAUUUAUCACCACUUACGUCCGCACUCUCAUCGCGGCGACCAAAAACGACCGCCAGAAAUGCCACGACCUGUCUCUGGAACUGGGAUACCUUACUGGAAUGGAGAGCAAGGCGAUGUCAGACGCACACGUCUCAUCCGUCACGACUCUCGCGGAGCCAUUCAUGCUCACGUCGCCUGAUCUGUACGAUUUCAGUAAUCAGACCAUCACCGACCGCGUGCGUGAGCUGAUCCCGAUCAUGAUUCGGGAGCGGCUGGCUCCGCCCCCCGAGGAGACUUACAGUCUGCACCGGAAGCUGAGUGGAGCAUUCCUGCUCUGCGCGAGACUCGGCAGUCGGGUGCCCUGCAAGCAGCUAUUCAUUGACGCCAUCGAUGCGGCCGAAAAGCGGGGAUUGAAGCUGUAG